UUGAAAAAUGUAAAAGAAAUUAUUGAAGGACCAAUUAACCAUCAGAAUUAACUGGGUACAAGAAAAGUAAACAGUAUCGAGUAUCCACAACGUAUGAAAAGCUGUAGAUAUAAAUAAAGAUAAUAAGUAUAUAUUAAUAACCAAAAUCAAGUUCAUGUAGUAUAUAAAAUUGCGUUAAAUUAUAUAGACUUUUUUUGUUAAAAUUUUGAAAAUGGUUCAGAAGAAUACUUUGAUAACGACUGAAAAAGUUGAUACAAGUUCUUCCGAUAUUAAGAAGAGAACAUGGCUGAAGGCUUUUGUCUUUUUGUCAUGCUUUACAGGAUUUCUUUUACAACUGAUCGCUUUCGGAAAUAUAUGGAUAGAUUUGUGCGACACUGAACUAGAAAAUCGAUCAUAUUGCGAGGGGAGGAAUGAUUCAUCUAACAAUUACACCAUUCAAGAAGCAGAGGGUGUUUGGAAGUACAGAGAAUUUAGGACUUUUCUUAUUGUGGUCCUUGUCAUUCAUCUGUUUACUUUCACCACGGCGAGCUGCAAAAUCAAGUGUUGCGUUGAACACAUAUGUGUGCCUUGCUGGGCCAAUGUAUGGGAGCACUGUGUAUGCUGCGGCAACGGCUGGUUCAUCAUGGCUGGAAUAGGAACCUGUCUCAAUAUGAUCAGCAUUAUCUAUGUUAGCGUUACAAUUCCAUUUGCUGAUAUGAUCCAAUAUAUCAUUGGAUUCAGAUUUGUAUUUGCAAAUAUGUGGUUUGGUUUUGUACAGCUUGCGUUAUGGUGCGCCUAUUUGAUACACAGAAGAAGUUGUUGUCCAGAUGCGGCAUAUUUUCUUGGUUCUAACAGAAGGUUAUCAGAAUGUGAGAUAGAAAUGGUGAAAGUUAUCACAGAAAAGACAGUAAACGAACAAGGAACGGUGAUAAAAGAACGGGAAGUAGGGCGGGUACACCUCGGGACAAGAAAAGUGCAGCCUGCAUGUAUUUAUAUGUAAUUUGCUUUAUACAAAAUUUCAACUUAUAAUAUAACAUGAACCAGUGUGGGUAUGCAGUGAUAAAAUAGACAUGGAAUAAAAUAUAACAUAUAAUAAAUGAUGGUGUUUUAAAGAACACAAAAAAUCGAAUUUCAGUGUGUUGAUACAAAAAAGCUGGAUGAAAAGCAUGAAGGACCUCCACAUUUCAAAUUAUCACUGUUCCGUUUGAAUCCAAUUUGCUAGGUACUUUUUCAAUACAUGUAACAUGGUUUCCAGGACAGAAAAAAAUCUUCUUUUGACUUACAUUUUAAUUUGAAUGUUACAAUUCAUGCUACUAAUGUUUUGCUGUUUGAUUCUGUAUAAUAAACAGUUAUUUUCCA